CACUUCCAGGCCUCUCCUUCCUAAACUCCCAAAAAUCUCUCAAUUGAAGAAGCCUCUGGUCCAUUUAUUCUUCAAUGAGUAGAGUAAUAGUAGUAGCAAUGGCUAUUUCUCUCUCUGCAACCUUACCCUCCAACAACACCUUCCAACCACACCCCAAUCACCCUUCAUCCCAUAUAUUUCCCAAACAGUCUCCUCCAUAUAAUCAUAACCUCAGUUUCUCUCUCCUCCUCCGCCGCCCCAAUCCAAUCAAGAGAACCAUCAAUUUCUCGUCCUUUCAAAGCUCCAUCACUGUCUCCGCUGUCUCUGGCUCUCCCGGAAUUGCAUCUUCUGAGGUGAGUGAAGACACCACAAGCUUAUUGGAUACAGUACAAGUGUUUGAUUUGAAUGGGAAUGGUGUACCAAUUUCUGAUUUGUGGAAAGAUAGGAAAGCAGUUGUUGCAUUUGCUCGUCAUUUCGGAUGUGUUCUUUGUCGCAAACGUGCUGAUUAUCUUGCUGCAAAGAAGGAUAUAAUGGAUGCAGCCGGUGUGGCACUUGUUCUAAUUGGACCAGGUAGCGUAGAUCAGGCAAAAGCAUUCUCUGAGCAAACAAAAUUCAAAGGAGAAGUGUAUGCAGAUCCCAGCUACUCAUCAUACAAAGCGUUGAGAUUUGUUUCUGGGGUUUCGACUACAUUUACUCCUGGGGCAGGUCUGAAGAUUAUACAGGCAUACAUGGAAGGUUACCGACAGGACUGGGGGCUGUCCUUCAAAAAGGACACCAGGACAAGAGGCGGCUGGCAACAAGGUGGAAUCAUUGUUGCCGGUCCAGGGAAAAGUAACAUCUCAUUCGUCCACAAGGACAAAGAAGCAGGGGAUGAUCCAGAUAUUGAAGAAAUCGUGCAAGCAUGUUGCUCAUGAGGUAUCAGAUGAAGUGUGCCUUCAACUGUCCGCAUAAUAUUACUUGCAUGUAUGAUGUAUCCCUAGUUUUAGUAGUCUUCGUGUAAAUAUAUAGCAUUUCCGGGCCUCGGCAUUUUUCUAAUUGCCAGCAGAUUGUUACCAGGAAAUUUCAACACAGAAUGGAAUCUAGCCAAUUCUCUUAUAUUGAAAGAACUAAUGGUCCAAGUUAUUGUUGCUUUUUGUCAA